UAAAAUAUGUACUUUACGCAUGGUAGUAAAAAAAUAUUAUUUUUGAAUACUUUGAUACAUUUUCUUUCUCAUUUUUUUCACCUUCGCAUUGAGUUCUUCAAAAGUAUAAUGGGUUGCCUAAUCAAUUGUGAAUCCUCAAUUAUUCUUAUUUAAAUACCGGUUUAUGCUGUGUAAACGAAUUCUAUCCCAUAUGAUCCAUUAAAAAAAUAGUACAGAGUGAUAACCUUUAAAUGUCACCAAAAGUAUAAAAAUAAGAUAAGUACUUUAAAAAAAUGGCUAACGUUUACAAGUACCUUAAUAAAUUACCCUCACAUAUUAGGUCAAUUUCAACAACUGGUACCAAAAAUGAUGCUUGGUUAUCUAAGAUUUUCGUGAGAAAAAUAGAGCCAACAAAGGAAUCCCAUAGUCGUAUGUUAAGUGAUAAAGAAAUCAUUUACUCAUUGCAAACUCAUAAUUAUAGGCCAGACUCCAAAGUUGCUUAUUUACAAAAUGUAAAAAAUACCUUGGACUUUAUAAAAGCACAAGAUUCAUUAGAAAAAGACGUUGAAUUAGUCGGAUCAUGGACAGUAAAUGUUGGAGAUCAAGAUCAAGCUCUCCAUCUUUGGAAAUUUACUGGUGGUUAUGAAAAAAUUGAUGAGUAUAAUGAGUUUGUAGGAAAUAAUAAGGACUUCCAACAACUUAUCGAAGAACAAGGAAAAAUCGUAAGAUCACGUCACUUACAAUAUCUCUUAGCGUUCAGCUAUUGGCCUCAAAUAUUAGCGAGACAACCGAAAAAUAUAUACGAAAUCAGAAGUUAUGCUUUGAAACCUGGUACUAUGAUAGAAUGGGGUAAUAAUUGGGCUAGGGCGAUUAAUUACAGACAGAACAACGAUGAAGCUUUUGCUGGAUUUUUCUCUCAAAUUGGAAGACUUUAUAAUGUUCAUCAUAUAUGGUGUUACAAUAACUUGAAUGGCAGGAAGGAAACGAGAGAAAGCGCCUGGAGAUCACCUGGUUGGGACGAAUGUGUCGCAUAUACUGUACCGCUAAUUAGAGAAAUGCAUUGCCGUGUUAUGGUUCCCACAGAAUUCUCGCCCACUCAAUAAUCCCUAGAAAAGUCAAUCACACAGUCGUUCGGUUUAUAUCGGUUUCGUUGCGCUGGCAUUUAAACUAAAAAUAUAAUCCCGGUUAAACAAAUGCAGG